AUGGUAGCAGCGUCGUCCGCCUCGCGGUCCAAGCCCGUGAAGCGCGUGAAGAAAGGAACAGAGACGACCAAAUCGCAUCGAUUCGAGCCGUUUUCGCAGCGUGUCGCGAAAUUGAAAAUCGAUCCCAUCCAUCGCGUGCGCCAACCCAACUUCGGCGAGGAGGAUGAUGAGACGUCGUCCUACUUCCGGUCCGCCUUUGACCACUGGACCGAAUUGAACUUGUCCGAUAAUUUUUCGAAGUUUGUCCGCCGAGUCAAUCCGCUAUGCGAAAGUCUCGCCCAGAUUUUGUACUAUGAGGAUAAAAUAAUGGCCCUACUGGUGGAAUUUAUCGAGAAGCGGGAUCAACUGUCGAUGGAGCCGCUGCUGAGUCUUCUGGCUCAGUUCGCGAGGGACUUGGGCGCGCGGUUUGAAAAGCACUUUGCUACUUCGGUGAGCUUGGUGGCGUCUGUUGCUGCCACUCAUCCGGAAGUCGAAGUCGUCGAAUGGAGUUUCACGUGUCUCGCCUGGAUCUUCAAGUUUCUUUCGCGGCUUCUCGUUCCGGACCUGAGACAGCUGUUAGGCAUAAUGACUCCGUACCUGGGAAAGGAGCGACAGAAGCCUUUUGUGGCCCGGUUCGCCGCCGAGUCCAUGUCCUUCCUCAUUCGAAAGGCGGGCCUGGUUUACUACAAGAACAACACGCCGCUCCAGCGUGCAGUAUCUUUCUUAUUACAUGAUUUGCGACAGACGGAAGCGGAAUCUAAGAAUGUCGAAAUAUACAAGGAAGGAUUGAUGGCCAUGUUCUCCGAUGCCAUAAAGGGCAUCAAGUACGGGAUCCACUCAAACGGAACCGAUAUAUUCAGCUGUCUAAUGGACAACAUUGCUACUGACGAUGGUUUGCAGAGCAACCUGAGCUUGGAAGUCGUCAGCGGUGUUCUAGUCAACGUCAUGCACGGCACAACUUCCCAGACAUUUGAACCGAUAUUGGGCACGGUCACAUCAUAUGCUGAAAAGAACGGCCGAAAGGCUGGAAAGCAGCAAGCGAACGCCGGCUGCCGUCUACUCUUCCUUUGCGUUUCUGUCCGCAAAGGCUCGCGUGUGCAGAAUUGGAAACCCGUUCUCCAGACCUUGCUCCUUCUUUUGCAGUCGGCAUCUACUGGAUCCGAGGCGUAUGCAGAGGCUGUGCCCCAGCUCCUCACAGCUGUCGCCUAUGCGCUUCAACUCGCUCCCAUGGACGAAAUGCUACCGUUCAUGCGUCCCAUGAUGGAAGCCGCUACGAGCGACCAACUUUCCAAGCACUUCUUAUCGUUCUGUGCCACGUUUUCGGAGUGGGGCGCAGAAAGGUUCCAUAGCGUUGUUCUGCCCUACUUCCAAAAAUUCGUCAACGCCUCGUGGCAAGAGCACGAGUAUGAGCUUUGUUUGGCCCUACUUCGCUUAAGCCAGACUGGCUGCAUUACAUCCGACGCGUCCAAACCCGGCUAUAUCACCUGCCCCGGUCCCUGGAAAAACCGAAUCAAGGAGACUCUCAGCAACAAAAAGCCCAGCGCUACUGACGUAACUCUUCUUAACGCCUACUCCCAGCUUCCCUCAGCCUUGUCUUUGUCCACCGAACCGUCGCUCCUACCCGAAAUGAGCCGGAUUUUCCAUGAUCAAUUGGACCGCACCUUGAAGAGCACCGAUUCCGACUUGUCACCUGCUACCAAAUUCUUCCUUGGACAAGGUUUCAAGAGUUACGUUGAAUUGGCAAAGCUUACAGGGGGUGUCGACCCAGAUCUCUGGGACAAAAUAAGUGCAGUUGCGUCCAAGUAUUCUCGUCUGGAUGUUUUCCUUGAGGCAACGCUUGCUUACGUCUUGACAUGCUCUGAGAAACUUGAUCUCAAGAAGCCUUCACUGGAAGAAUUUGCGGACGUUUUAAUCACUAACCUCGGUGGUCCUUCCCAUCACCUGAGGCUCCUGUCGCUGAAGAUUUUGCGAGCGAUAGUUGAGGCCUCGGGCGAGGAUUCCUCGUUGAUUUCCGUGGCCAUCGAGAUUGAAGAGAGCCCUCUAACACUUCAAUCCGCCCGAUACCUGUCAAUGCAGGUCCGUAAGCUUUCCAUUGCUUACCCGCAAGUCGUUUCACGCAGAUGGAUGCCUCGACUAAUUCCAAAUUUCUGCUUUGGGUUGUUCUCGAAGAAGAUGGCCCCCUUGUGGGAUGACUCGGCUGCUGCUUUGAAGACAGUGAGCGAGCAGCCGGAGGGGGAAAAGAUUGUGUCGGAUUUGGCCAUUCAGUGGCUCGAAGAGAGAGGCUCGGUGUCCACGGAAGAGCCUGAGGACGACGAAAACAUCGAUAACUACGCUUCAGGGGAUUUCCAAUGCUACAACGCCGCCAAGGUCGAGCACCUUUGUGCCAAACACUUUGAGGGUCUCGAACAGCCCGCCUCGGCUUUGCUACGGAACUUCGAGAAGGACCACGGUUUUUCCGAAGUUGUGCCUCCUUCUCCUCGGACCCACGCGCUGCGAGUUUUGAAUGCUAUCCCGAAUAUCGCCGAAAAGCGUUCCCGCCAGGUCAUCCCACUGUUCCUUUCCUGGGCAACCCGGGAUGAAGAAGAUGUUCCUCCUAAUGACAAGUCCGAGGAGUCUGGUUAUAUUACGUGGGGCUUCCACGAUCGACUGGCUUUCUUGGGGCUUCUAGGUCAAUUCGUCAACCCCAAGGUUCUGUACAAAGCGCCUGAGGUCCACGAUGCAUUGUUUGGCUUGCUCUGCCACGGAAACUCCGAAAUUCAAAAGUCUACCCUUAAAGCCCUUUUCACUUGGAAGACGCCCAGUGUCACGCCUUAUCGGGAAAACUUGUUGAACAUUCUUGACGAAGCGCGGUUCAAGGAUGAGCUCUCGAUUUUCGUCCAUGUCGGAGGUGAAGACAGUCUCAUUGACGAAUCGCAUAGGGGCGAUCUUAUCCCCGUUCUUCUCCGACUGCUGUAUGGUCGAAUGAUCUCAAAGGCCGGUGCGAGCUCGACCCAAGCAGGUCAGCAGGGACGCAGGAAGGCCAUUCUGAGAACCUUGUCACAGUUGCCUGAUCGAGAAUUCGAACUGUUCAUGCAGGUAUCCUUCGGUCCUCUCAGCGAUGUCCACUUGAUUCAAGAUGGCAAGGUUGACAAUCAGGCUCUUUCUCGCGAAACCACCAGCCCAAGAAGGCAGAUGGGUUUGCUAAGAAUGAUUGAGACUGUGUUUGAGACGCUUCAAAGCCGGAUGGCACCUUAUGCGCAACAGUCAAUGGAUGUCGUCUUAUACUGUCUGGUCCAGGCGUGCCGAGAGCUAGGAAAAGAACAAACGACCGAGGCCGCCGAUCCUCAGAGAGAACGACUGUUGACAGUCUUGCGCAACAUUCGAUACACGUGCAUUAGGUGCCUUGAACUCAUUUUCUCUAUCUCGCAGGACCGAGACUGGUCUCCCUAUGUCCGUGUCACCUUUGGUGAAGUUAUCAACCCGAGACUAGAUAACUUUGCGACAGAAACUACUCAAGGCGUUUCUGGUCUUCUGAAAUUGUUCCGUGUCUGGGCUUUGGCUCCUAGAUCCUCAUUCUAUCUCGUUGAGUACAAUAAUAUUCUCUUGACCAAAAUCAUCGACUGCCUGGGAGUGGAGUCGGCUCGUGAUGAGGUCAAGAUCUUUGUACUCGAUGAGAUUUUGAACCCAUUGAUCAACCUUUCCACUGGGAAGCAGCUUCAAGAGCAGGAGACAAUGAGUGACUUCUCGGCGGAUGAGAUCCGAUCCACAGUUCUGGCACCCUAUAUCGAGCAUUCUCUGUCUCAUCUUGGUGGCCUUCUGAAGCGGGGCCCAUCGCGACAUGUGCUGAAUUCCGGUGUCCAAACUCUAUCUCUCCUUGCCCCAUGUGUGGAAUCUUCGGGAGAGACCUCACGCUUGGUCAACAUCACGACCUAUCUCCUUCGCCAGCCCGCUGAUCGAGUUUCGCCGAGGACCAAAUCUGGUCUUUUACGCAGCUUGGAACACUUCUUGCCCCUGUUUAAUCCCCAGGAAGAUUCGAAGCUUCUCCAUGAAGUUUUCGAGGCGGUCUCUUCCAUGUUUGACUACUUUAGGGAUGAUGCGAACCGAGAGGUUCUAUCUAGAGUUUUCGCUGCAUUUUCAAAACAUGAUCAUGAGCUCAUUGAAGUGGCAAGUCUUUGCGAGGACCUGAACUCUAGGUCAAUGAAGAAGCUCGAGGUGGAUUAUGAACGGCGGCUGCAGGCUUUCAGAAAGAUCAACGAAGGCCUGUGGGAAACAUUCAACGCUAAGCAGUGGCGGCCCCUGCUUUUCAACAUGCUGUACCAUGUCAAAGACGAUGAAGAACUUGCCAUCAGAUCAAGCUCCUCCUUUGGUCUGAAAAGGUUCAUUGAGAGAGCCGCCACCAAUAACGGCAGCGACGCAGAGGAAUUCGAGCCUUUGGUCCGGGAUGUCUUGUUCCCGGCCUUGCAAGGUGGUAUUCGGCAAAAAUCUGAAUUGGUUCGGUCAGAGUUUGUCUCAGCUCUCGGCUAUUUCGUCAAAUUGAACCCUGAAAGACCUGCCGUGCGGGAUAUGCACGUGCUGCUUGUCGGCGAUGAUGAAGAAGCAUCUUUCUUCAACAACAUCCUCCAUAUUCAGCAACAUCGCCGUCUGCGAGCUCUGCGCCGUCUUGCUAGCGAGGCAGCUCAAGGCAAACUGCAAGCUUCGAACAUCAGCACCAUUUUCAUUCCUCUCAAUGAGCACUUUGUGUUCGAUGAAGAGGCUGAGGAGAGUGCCCAUAACUUGAUCGCAGAGGCCGUGGCCACGAUCGGUGCUCUUGCCGAGUCGCUAGACUGGAGCCAAUUCAGGGCUAUCUUCCGCAGGUACCGUGGAUACAUGCAGGGUAAGUCAGAGAUGGAAAGGAACAUCCUCAGGCUCCUGGGUAAGAUGUCCGAUGCCUUGACGACCGCCAUGAGCCAAAAGGGCGUGCCCAAAGAAGCUACAGAAGCCACAGAAGCCACCGACGAUGGAAUGGAAGGAAUUGAACCCACGACUACUUCGAAAUGCAACCUAGCUCGAACAUUGCCCUCUGCGGCCAAGGUUGCAACGGAAUUAACCACGAACUUCAUCCCUUUCCUCACAGACUUCAUUCACCACAAGGAUGAAGCGCAGAUGAGCCUGCGACUACCAGCCGCGGUGACAACUAUCAAACUUUUGAAGUUGCUGCCGGAGGCAGAAAUGGCCAUUCGACUACCGCCUGUUCUAUCGGAUGUCUGUAACACUCUUAAGAGUAAAUCACAGGACGCUCGAGACACAGCGAGGAAGACAAUCAACGACAUUGCUCUGCUCUUGGGACCUGUCUACUUUGCUUAUAUUCUCAAGGAGCUCAGAGGUACUCUGACAAAGGGUUACCAGCUCCACGUUCUUUCUUUCACCGUCCAUUCUAUGCUCGUGAUGACGACAGAUGAAUUCAAACAAGGAGACCUGGAUUACUGCUUGGGAGAUCUCACAGCGGUGGUGAUGGACGACACUUUUGGAACCGUUGGUCAAGAAAAGGAUGCAGCGGAUUAUGUCAGUAAGAUGAAGGAAGUGAAGAGCAGCAAGAGUUACGACUCGAUGGAACUGCUCGCAAAGAACGCCUCUGUUUGCAAUCUCGCUCGCCUAAUCCAGCCUCUCCAGUCGCUCCUCCGGGAGAAGCUGAAUUCCAGCAUCGUGAGAAAGGUCGACGAACUUUUACGGAGAAUUGGCGUGGGCCUGCUGAGAAACCCCGGUGCAGAGAGCCGUGAACUUCUGGUUUUCUGUUACGAAGUCAUCAAGGAUUCCUACAAGGACCCUAAGCAAGGCGAGAAACGAACCGACGUUUCUGCUGCCGAGGAGCGGUUUUUGGUCCGGAUUAGAAAACGCGGCGAGAAGAAAGAUACGACUUCUUCUCACGUUUACAAGCUGACCCGCUUUGCCCUGGAUAUUCUGCGCUCAACUAUCAACAAGUUCGACUCUCUACUCACCCCGGCGAACAUCUCCGGCUUCGUUCCGGUUAUUGGCGACGCACUGGUACAAUCGCAUGAAGAAGUGAAGGUAUCGGCUCUCCGGUUGCUGUCGACAAUCAUCAAACUUCCUUUGCCCGAUCUCGACAGCAACUCCCAUGUGUACUUCACUGAAGCCGUGAAGGUGAUCAAGGAAGCACCCAGCACGAAUACCGAAGCCGCGCAAGCAUCAUUGAAAUUGAUAUCCGCCAUGCUACGGGAGAGAAAGAGUACCAAACUUAGGGACGGACACCUUGCCUAUCUUCUGCAGCGUCUAACAUCUGACAUUGAGGAGCCGGAUCGCCAGGGCGUGACUUUCAACUUCAUCCGGGCUGUCAUGGCUCGAAAGUUUGUGGUUCCUGAAAUGUACGAGCUGGUUGAUCAUAUCGCUUCUAUGAUGGUUACCAAUCAGACUCGCUCUGCGCGUGAUCUCGCUCGCGGGGUUUACGUUCACUUCCUUCUCGAGUACCCUCAGGCUAAGAACCGGUGGACGAAACAAUUAAGUUUCAUGGCCAAAAACCUGGAAUACAAGCAUCCUGAAGGCCGUCAGUCCGUUAUGGAGGCGAUCAACCUGUUGCUGUCCAAGACAGGGCAUGAGUUGGCUCAAGAUAUUGUUGGCACUUUCUUCUUGCCCAUCGUCAUUGUCAUGUCGAACGACGACGCACCCGAGUGUCGUGAGAUGGCAGGCGCUCUGCUAAGUCAGUUCUACAGCAGGGCGGACAGGGAACAGAUGAAGACUAUCCUCACGCCCCUGCGAUCGUGGCUUGAGCAGACGGACAAUAUGCUCCUGACCAGCACCGGUUUGCAGGCCAUGAGGAUUUACUUCGAGUCGGAAGAGACAGAAAAAGAGAAGCAAGCUCGUUUCGUCCGAGAGACUCUACCGUCCGUGAUGAAGCCCAUCCUCGAAGCUGAGGGUACGGAGAACUGGCAAACGCUCUACUUCUCGCUCCAGCUCUUUGCCAAGCUCUGCAAGGCUGUCCCUUCGAUUGCGCUUUCCAAGGACUGUGCUAACAUCUGGGUCUCUAUCCGGGAGUGUCUUUUCUAUCCCCAUGCUUGGGUCAAGACCUGCGCCGCGAACCUUGUUGGCACAUGGCUUGCAGACCUUGCCCGAUCGAACGCCGAGAAUGGCUACGGUUCUAUUCCCUUGGCCAGCACCACCGGGUUAGCGCUAGACAAAGACGCGAUGAUCCACUUGAUCCGCGCCAGUUUGCGCUGUCUCCGUACCCCAGCCGUCAGCGAGGAGCUUGCCAUGCAGAGCGUGCGCAACAUCGUUUUCCUUGCCCGCUGCUGCGCCCAAAAUGGCCUCGUAAUCCCCAAGGCAGAUAAUCAGGAAGCCGAAUCAGAGGAUAGCGACAGCGACGAGGACGCCGAUGAGGAAGAGACGAAGCCGAAAGAGCAGACCGCCCUUCAUUACAUUUUCGUCCAAGCAUCUUCCAUCCUCCGCCGAGAAUUCAUCAACACCCGAGCCGCGGCUCUGAUCCCCAAGACCGCCUCCAUUGGACUCCUGGCUGCUCUUUUCCGGCAUCUCGAGGCCGAGCAGAUCCAACCGUCUCUUUCCGUUAUCCUUGUUCCUCUUCAACACAUGACCGACGCGUCCAUUCCUCCACCUCGUUCUUCCGACGAGGGCUUCCGCAACUCGUACAAGGCCCUUGUGUCCAACUGCCACGAAGUCCUUGACCUCAUCCAGAAGAAGCUGGGCACUACGGAAUUCGUGAACCAAAUGGCCCUCGUCCAAGAUGCCAUCAAGGAACGACGGGAGGGCCGGCGAGCCAAGAGACGCAUCGAGGCUGUGACCGAGCCUGAGAAAUAUGAACGUGACAAGAAGCGCAGAAACGACCGGAAGCACGACAAGAGACGGGAGAGGGGAAUGGAGCACCGGUCCAGAAGACGGGGCUGGUAA